AUGGUUGCUUCACGUUCGUCAUCUCCCUCUAGGGACUAUGCUCAGGAAGUACAGGAUCUUGUGGCCAGGCUGGCUCAGGAUCCAGAGAAAGAGGGUGUAGCAUCCGAGGUGGAAGUUUUGCAGUCGAUCUAUGGUGACGAUGCGAUACGGUUAUACCGCCCCAAUGGAAAUGGAAAUGGUUAUGGAAGACCACUAGAUCCGGACGCAAUCCGCUACGAAGUUGCUCUAAGCUUUCCUUCGCCACACGAAGACGUAUCUAUAAAGAUCCUCGUCUCGCUACCGCCCUCUUAUCCUGCGUCGUCCCCUCCGCAGCUCCAGCUACUAUCCAAAUACAUCGGCGCAUUUGGCGUAGAUCCCAAUUUGUUUGGAUCUAUACUCCGAACCUACAUCUCGCUGAACGGGGUCGAGUUCGUCCCAGAGCAGGUGUGCGUAUUCGACGGCGUGCAAAACGUUCUGGAUAGAUGUGUGGCAUGGUACGAAGAGCAGUUGAGCUUGGAGAAGGCUGGGCAGUUGGUCAGGGAGGAACAGAAAGAGGCUGCGCAGAGCAAUCGUCCUGUACCAGACGAGAGCAGUGUCCAACGGAAGGAGAGCGAAUACGACGCCCAUGCAGCCGACGAUCCCUCGCAAAGUACAGAGCUUCCGCCUGGAGUGGAGGUGUUCGUUGCGGAACCGAUUCAUGACCGGAAGAGCAGCUUUGUCGGUCGUGCAUGCCGAAUCGAGCAUCCCUCCCAGGUCCCCCAAAUCCUCUCUCACUUGAUGUCAGAUAGACGAAUAGCCCGAGCCGCUCAUCCUGUGAUCAAUGCCUGGCGAUGUCAAGUCGGAAACCUCACCCAUCAAGACAACGAUGAUGAUGGCGAGACAGCAGCCGGUGGCCGUCUUGCCCAUCUCCUGCAAAUUUUGGAAGUAAACAACGUCCUGGUGGUCGUAUCGCGGUACUUUGGAGGAAUCCAUCUUGGGCCUGAUAGAUUUAAGCAUAUUAACCAAGCAGCUAGGAACGCGCUAGAGCUGGGAGGUUUCCUCGACUCUCCAGAGACUACCAAAAAGCAUGUAGGAAGGGGUAGAAAGUAA